AUGUUAACAUCUGUAUUGGACAGUAAGGUCGCAGCUCUCACGCCCUUACCUCACCCUACUACCAUCAAACCUGAUACCAGGUCCGAACAUGGGACACGGUAUGUCUCUGCGAUCGUAACGCCACUCGGAGAACAAGAUGGAGCGGGGUUUGACACAUCCCCGCAUAUUGCAUCUGAUGGUAGUUUACGAGCACAGCUAGAGGCGAGGUUGGUGAAAACUGAGGAAGGAGGGAAAGAGUGUGUAUGGUGUGACAUCACGACUAAGCUUGAAGUUGGCAGCACGGUAGCGCUAGCUGCUGCCAUGUUCAGCCUUUGCAUGCAUCUUGAACGUGUAGCCGCCAUUCGAGACCUCAGCCUGACGCACUCUAAAAAGUGUUGUCGCCAGAUAGUGGAGUCUACUUUGUGCUUCGGAGUUCCUCUCAUAUACAUGGCCUUGCACUACAUUGUCCAGGGACACAGAUUUGAUAUCAUCGAAUGUUUUGGUUGUCGUCCAACAAUCUAUGUGUCUAUUGCUUCUAUAUUCUUGAUUUGGGUUCCGCCAUUGGCUUUCUCUCUUGGCGCUGGCAUAUUCACAGCAACCGCCUUCUCGCACUUCUGGAAACGUCGGGCAUUAUUUUCCAAGCAUCUCAAAAAUACUGGUUCAGCACUCACCCCUAGUCGCUAUUUUCGCCUUAUGAGCAUGGCAAUCGUCGAGAUGUUCUUUGGCUUGCUGGUGACUAUACUCAACAUGUGGUGGACCAUGCGACCAGGCCUUCGUCCUUGGAUUACCUGGACAUUCGCUCUUUGGUUCAUGAUACCGAUUGCGUCCGUUUUCUUCUUCCUUUUCUUUGCGUUCGGCCGAGACGCAGUCAAAGAGUACGGUGCUACUUUUAGAUGGAUUCAGCGUCAUGUCCUCCGGGUUCAAGAUCGACCAUCUCCAGGUCUCUACCCACUAAUUACGGUAGCGAGACCAUGCAACAUGCCUCAGUCCUCGACCAUCGAUUUGCGCAACAAGAAAAAGGGAACUCCCACCGGAAUACCUUAUUCCACGUCUCCUUGCCAUAUCGACCUAGCCAGAGGCACUGGCCCGCUCAAGUCGGACUGUGCGCCAGCUCUCCCGUAUACCAGCCCUCCAGCAUCAAGUUAUUUCAAAUACCAAGAGCAAUACUCUCGCGGAAGUGACCGUGAUGGUCGCCCUUCGGGUAUGCAUGCAGUAUAAGGACUUUGCAUUCGUACAUUGGCUUUACUAUCAUUUGUAUAUCAGCCUUCUCUCCAUUCGUUCGAACUUCGUACCUGACGAUACAAUCACUGUCCCUACAUUUUCCAAGUCCCUUCACUGUACCCGUAUGAUGUACCUCAUUUGACGAGGACUUUGCAUUCGUUCAUUGACUUUACUAUCAUUUGCAUAUUCUCUCCAUUCGGUCGUUCGCACCUGACGAUACGAUCACUGUCCCUACAUUUUCCAAGUCCCUUCACUGUAUACCCGUAUGGUGUGCCUCAUUUGACGAGGACUUUGCA